CGUUCAACCGUCAAGAGUUGGAACUGACGACCUGCAAGUUAUCUCAGCGGAUUCUGACUUCUUUUUUUACUUUACGUGGACCGAUGGAUCUUUUUUCACAUUUGUUGCAUCGCAGCUGACAAACUUGAUUUGACGGGAUAACACCGGCGUUAAGUGCUCAACAUCAGCUUGUCAAAAAAAAAAUUCAGAUUAAGUGAGCUAACUUUAGCCCAUCCGCUAACGAGAACAGAACAUUUUGACUUGGGAGGAAGGACGGGAGGAAAUUGAUAAAGUGGGAUAGCUGGGCAUCGCUAGUUUAUGAAACCUUCAGGUUUAUCAAGUGCUGUCACACACUUAGAAAAGUCGACUACCUGUGGAUCCUGUGUUACACUAUUAAGUUAAUAAGAAAUGCUUUAGUUAGUUGUCAACAACAACAAUCUUUAAGGCUAACGCUAGCUUUAUGACGGACCACUCUCGGCCUAAAACUUCUUACGUUACAGGAGUUGUGUAAGUCAGAUAUUCGUUCUCAUAGUGUUGUGUGUCUUUUGUCGGACUCGUUGACUCUCUUAUCAGGAGGUAAACAGAAGAAACUUAUGGCGUCGGAUGUGAUUGAGAGCGAAGCGGUGCUGAAGGGUGUUACUGAAAUGACUUUAAACAAUGGCAGCCCCCCCAGGAGGACUCGUGAGGAGUUUGGAAACAGAAAGACGUCCAGUCCUUCGUCUUCUGGGGUGUCUGGAGAAGGAGACGACGACGACGACGACGAGGAGGAAUUUGGCGAGCUACAAAAAAGCACAGCCUCUACGGUUGAAAAUGGCGAAGAGGCACUCCAGGAGAGUCCAAUAAAAACAAGACAUACGCCACAGGAAAGGAAAAGUCCAGACAAUGAGCAGAGACAGCCUGAAGCUAGAAGCUCGACACCAGGGAGCCUCUCCCAAACACCAACUACACCCACUGCAAGUCUGGAGCGCCGAGAGUCAGUGGCCACAAGAGAGGCCCGCCUUCGUAUGGAAGGAGUUGUGCUUAAGGAAGAGUGGCAGGAUGAGGAUUUUCCACGGCCCCUCCCGGAGGAAGAGGAGCUCGAUGAGGAACUUUUCGCAGGAACCUCUGAAGAAAUAGACCCUGGCUAUGAAAUGAACCAUGGCAAGAGGGCAAAGAAGAAGCUUUCAGCUCCAGACAUCAGUCUCACUCUCGACCGCAGUGAGAGUUCUCUUCUCUCUGAUGACCUGGAUGAAAGUACAGAGCUGGACCUCGACGGCAUAGACACACCUUCAGACAACAGCAACGAGUUUGAAUGGGAAGAUGAUCUCCCCAAGCCAAAAACCACAGAGCUGCUACAGAAGGGUAUGGAGUCGGUGCAGGAGUACUCGGCCGCGGACGAGAGGGAGGAGGGUCGGCGCUGGAGGGUGUUUCGUUUCGGAGACCAGGAACACAGAGUGGACAUGAAGGCCAUCGAACCUUACAAGAGGGUCAUCAGCCACGGAGGUUACUAUGGAGACGGUUUGAAUGCCAUAAUUGUUUUUGCUGUGUGCUUUAUGCCUGAGAGCAGUCAACCAAAUUACAGAUACAUCAUGGACAAUCUAUUCAAAUAUGUGAUCGGAACACUGGAGCUUUUGGUUGCUGAGAACUAUAUGAUUGUGUAUUUGAACGGGGCGACAUCUCGGAAAAAGAUGCCAACAGUCAGCUGGCUCAGAAAAUGUUAUCAGCAGAUUGAUAGGAGGUUAAGGAAAAACUUGAAGUCUUUGAUAAUUGUUCAUCCCUCUUGGUUUAUUCGCACCCUGCUGGCACUUACAAAACCAUUCAUAAGCUCCAAAUUUAGUCAGAAAAUUAAGUUUGUGUACAGCUUGAAAGACCUUGCUGAACUGGUUCCAAUGGAAUACGUGUCCAUACCAGAUUGUAUUAAACAGUUUGACGAAGAAAAAAAUAGGAAAACCUCUAAAAGGUAUAUGCACUUUCACCCAGGAUCAGUCUUAGCUUCUUUUUUUGUUUCGUUUGCAUUCACAAAACUAACAAGGAAAUGUUCUGUUGGCUCUCAGGAAUGCACCAAUACACCUCAAACUGUCCCGUGUUUCAUGGUAGACAAAUGAGUCACUGUUACCUGCUAGCCUCUUUCCUCCUAGUAGAGUUAGCAUGUUACUGGACAGAAGGCUGAGUAGCUGUUUGAUUGGUGUCCAAAAGUAGACGGCUUGGUGAUUGUUUAACCAACUUCAUACUAUUUCUGAGCCAAAUUCUGUGAAGUUCAUCUCAAAUACAAUUCACUUCAGUUUGUUGUUAAUGUACUGCUUUAAAUAUAACAGCUUUCCAUAUGUGGUGUUAAACAUUUCCUGCACCUUUUGUAGCCUUUUAGCUGGCUGCUAAAAAACAACACGAUGUUGAAAUAGAUGCUCUCUGAUAUUAAAGUUGGGGUUUAAGUAAGACUUAACUUGCAUGUGUCUUUUUGUAACCAGGUUUAGAUUUUGAUGUGGUUGAUGUUGGGUAAGUUUGUUCUUGUUUGUUCGACUCCACAGGAUGGAAAUACAAGGAAGUAGUUUGUCUUAGUCACUGUGGUGUGUGGUUGCACAGUAACCAUGUCCUCACAUGGUUUCCUUCAGUAACUCACUGAACACUCGCCUCGUCUACACUCACAGCUCUCUGCAUGACUCACUACAUACACACUCGCUGCUGUUGCUGCUGCUGAUGUUUAGUAAUUGCCACACUCAACUGUUGUCAGCCUUGCACAUGCAAAUAUUUUGCUCAUUACUGAUACAUCAUGAGUGUUCAGUUACUGGGAUUAAGGUAUAUUGUUGGGUUGCUGAACAUAAGAAAAGUACCCAGCAUAAAGUUUUUAAGGAUAUCUGGUAUUCAGAAACAACUAGUUGACUACUCUAAAGUGAUUGUACAUAUAUUAGUACAGAUUGUAGGAAAAACAUAAUGCAUUUGUCUUGAAUCUCACAAAGUGUGAACUUAUUUGAAGGGUCGGUAUGGGCAAAACGUUUUUCAUGCUUCAGUAAAUGAGGAAAUAAGAUGGUGAUUAUUAUGGUGAAAAUAGGCUCCUAAUCAAAGCACAAAUAAUCACAUUAAUGAUAGUGUUAAGAUAAUGAUCAAAUUUAACAUGUGUAUGAUUUUAUAGUAGCCAUAAAGUAGCCUGUUAUUACCUUGAUUAUCCGUGAUUAUAGCCCUCACAUCCCUGUAACACAGACGUCUGAUGAUACUGAAUUUGUCUGCAGAAUCGAUAAGGACAUGCCUGGCAAAGCGGAGGUAGCUGCGCCUGCUGUUUCAGAGUGACCCUGCUCGCACUGCAAGAUGUGGAGGAGGAGAGCGAUGAAGAAUGUUUUUGAACCGCUGCCACUCUUCUGUUUCUGUUACGGGCAAAGUGACUGGAGACUUAGCUCUUUGCAUCAAGAAAGUGCCUUUCUAAAAUGUUGCUGCCAGUUUCAUUGUGGAACCUUUCCUGCCUGAUUCUCAGCGUUUUCCCACAAUCUGUCUGAAACGUUUUCAAUCUUUUUUUAUCUACUGCCGGCAUAUCAUAAUGAACGUAGCUUAUGGGUGUUCUCCAGUUACUGUUGUAUCUAAGCAUUAUUUAAGGCACUCUGUUACAGACGAUUGAUGCAUGUUCUGCUUUAUUACAUUUCAAUAUAUAUUUAUAUUCAAAGGUGACAAAGGAGAGAAAUUAAUAUAUUUUUAUGGUUGCUCUGAUUUUAACUGCAUUGUAGGUCUCAGCCUCUUUGAGGGGCAUUUCAUAGAACACAAUUUUUGAUGGCACUUUUUUUUUUUUUUUUUUUUUCACUGUUCACUGUUAAAAUCCUGCCUUGGGUAAAUAAAGUUUUAUUUUUGGCCCCUCA